CUUCCAGGCUUCCGAAGCUGCGGCCGCAGCACCGCCUCCUACCCGGGGCCCGGUUCCAGCCCCUCUGGCCCGGCCCACUGGACAUGGAGCUCCGAGCAGCGCAUCCUGAUACCCCGGCGCCCUCCAACCUACUCGUUCGUUUCCCUCAUAUCCUGGGACCAGCUUCCAGCCUUUUUCGUCCCAAGCUCUGGAGACAGCAGCCUCCAGACUGCUGAGGGCAGAGACAGCAUGAAGGCCCCGGGCCGCCUUCUGCUCCUCGUAUUGUGCACCUUGACAGUGUCUGCUGUCUUUGUCUUCCUGUGCUGCUGGGCCUGCCUGCCCCUCUGCCUGGCAGCCUGCCUCGACCGCCACCUCCCUGCAGCCCCCAGAUCCACUGUGCCAGGGCCCCUGCACUUCAGUGGCUACAGCAGCGUGCCAGACGGGAAGCCGCUUAUCCGAGAACUGUGCCACAGCUGUGCGGUAGUGUCCAGCUCCGGUCAGAUGCUGGGUUCUGGCCUGGGUGCCCAGAUCGAUGGUGCAGAGUGCGUGCUACGCAUGAACCAGGCACCCACUGUGGGCUUUGAGGAGGACGUAGGCCAGCGCAGCACUCUGCGCGUGAUCUCACACACAAGUGUGCCAUUACUUCUGCGCAAUUACUCGCACUAUUUCCAGCAUGCCCGAGACACACUGUACGUGGUGUGGGGCCAGGGCAGGCACAUGGACCGGAUGCUGGGCGGCCGCACCUACCGCACAUUGCUGCAGCUCACCAGGAUGUACCCAGGCCUGCAAGUGUACACUUUCACUGAACGCAUGAUGGCCUACUGCGACCAGAUCUUCCAAGAUGAGACGGGCAAGAACCGGAGACAGUCAGGUUCCUUCCUCAGCACCGGUUGGUUCACCAUGAUUCUGGCCCUGGAGCUGUGCGAGGAGAUCGUGGUCUACGGGAUGGUCAGUGAUAGUUACUGCAGUGAGAAGAAUCCCCGCUCCGUGCCCUACCACUACUUCGAGAAGGGCCGGCUAGAUGAGUGUCAGAUGUACCGUCUACAUGAGCAGGCACCGAGGAGCGCUCAUCGCUUCAUUACUGAGAAGGCUGUGUUCUCCCGCUGGGCCAAGAAGCGGCCCAUCGUGUUCGCCCACCCGUCCUGGAGGGCCAAGUAGUUCCUGUUGCCAGUGACCACCAGGCCUGUGACCCAUUCCAGGCCAGCAUGGCUCCAAUAUAAACAUUUGUGACUUUCACCUUCUACCUGACACCAGGUGGAACCUGAGGUCUCUGUUACCCAAUACUGGGUAUACUUAGAGGAAUCUCAGGCCUUGUGACUUGAAGGGGAGUUGAGAGGGUGCCAUUUAUACCACCUCUGCUCCCAGGAGAAUCCACGUCUUCAUCUUGGGGUUUGUCCCACUUUCAGGUUUAAGUGGCCUUUGCCCUGGGGCCGAUCGAUGGCCCCGCCUCACCAGCAUUAUGGCUUUGCACCAGUCUUGAUCUUUCCUCUACCUAUCUCCAGCCACAUGGUGCCACAUUCUCAGGCUGGUGGCCCUGGUUGGUGCACCCUGGAACUUGGGAUUUGAUGGGUGUGAGGGCCGGUGAGCAUCAGCCUCCCAGGACUGUCUCAGGAGUGUGCCGGUAAAUGUGUAUUUUCUGGACACUGUGUCUCUGUGGUAAUGGAUGUGGGAUGGGAGUUAGGACACAGGCCUGUAACCUGUUUCCUGGAGGGCAGACAGAGCCCUCCAUCCCUUCUCUAGGCCCGCAACUGUCAGCUCUUCCUAAAUUGUCUGGAUAUCAGCAUCCCAGAAGCCUGGGCUUCUUAUGGUCUGACCACAGGACUGUGCUGGCCCAGGAGAGCCACCUUUCCCUCACUCAGCAGGCACAGAGCAGGGCCUGGGAGGACUCAGGGUGAGAAAGAAAUUCCACCCAUCACCAUUUUCCUGCCCCAUGAGUCAGAUUCCAAAGUCUUUGCCAGUCAGGCUGUCUCUUAACUGUGGGACUUGGUUCCUCUGUAAAACAGAAGGCAGAAUGCAGCUCAGGGUGGGUGCUGCCGGGAAGGAGUAGUCUCGGGGCCAGCCUUUUCUCUGAACUUUGCUUUUCAGUACCAAACAGCCACCAUCCUGCUGUGUGAUGCCACCCUGAGGAGGGAGCUGGUGUUCAUCACAGAUGAUGUAUGUAGCACAAGGUAGCUUUUGUGAGGUGGCUGAGCUAGGAUGCUUUCAGCCUUGAGAGCUCACUCCUCAGGCUCCGCCUCCUUCCCCCUUUGGAAAACUGAAGAAUGUAGCCCUGGGCUUUAUCUCUCAGCUUCAGAGUUCAGGACCCUCUGGGUGUAACCUGCACAGUCCCCCAGAGCCCUGUGCUUAGUUCAAUCCCUCCUACUACAAACUUGAAAUUCCUUAUUUUAGGUCUUGGUUUUUAACAAGGAUCUUCUCAGUUUUCUUUUGUACCAGAUCCCACAGAUGACAGAACCUGCCGUUCCAAGGAUUCCGGUGGCCUCCUACCCAUUUUCCCAGGAGUGGCUAGAGACCUGGCACCUGGCCCACAGCACUGCCCUUGCCCCCAGUGUCUGGUGGCCCAGAAGCCUCAUAAGUAGGAGGGCCAGCUGAGAGGGAAAUCUCUGAGCCAAGGAUGCAGGCUGGAAGCCAAAUCGUUUCCUCAGGCCUGGUCAUGCUGAGGGGCUCUGGGUAGGAAUAGAGCAUCAGUGGGUAGUGGGUGAGACGGGGGUCCUGCCAGCAGAUCUGACCCCAGUUUCCCAGGCAAUAAAGACAGUAGAGUAGUUUCUACCUCACAAGAGUGUAUGAGUUCAGAGGAUCCUCCUGGGGCUUAGAACACACUGGCUCUCAGUGUCCACAAUCCACAAUUUAAAAUGUGGUAGUCCUCUGCUUGGGUGGUCCUGUCCCACCCUGGUAUAGGUGGUAUCAGUGCAAAAUAAUAAUUAAUGAUAAUAAUAAAGUUCUCAUCCUAAUG